CCUCGCCGCCAGGGGCGCGGGCUCUUCUCGCUCGGCGCCCGCCGCGCCCCGCGCCCCGCUGACAGCCGCGCCGCCAUUCAGCGCUCCCGCCGCCGCCGCCGCCGCCGGAGGGCAGCGAGCGCCCAGGGCAGCCCCGGCGGCAUCUCCUCCACGGGAAGGAUCUCUCUCUGGCCUCAUCCCGCCGGGCGCUCCGCCCGCGCAGAGCCGCGGGCAGCGGCGUGGAGGUGUUCUUGGAAAACGUGCCGGCACUUUGGAGCUGAAGAAGGACAUGAGGAGUAAAAGAACCUGGGAUCUCACUGGUCAGAAUGAAACAGAUGUUGAAAGAUUUUUCAAAUCUAUUGUUAGUAGUGCUCUGUGACUACGUUCUUGGCGAAGUGGAGUAUCUCCUGUUGGAGCGCCCAGGUCAUGUAGCCUUCAGCAAUGACACAGUGCCUGUGGAAUAUCAGUACUAUGAUGGUGGUAAUGUGACAGCAGAGUAUGCAUCCAUCCUUUUGCUGGAUGCCAGCACCAAUGAGAUAAUUGCAAGAAAACAGCUUCCAGCAAAUCGGUCCCAGGGGACGGUAGAAUUUGAGUGUUUCCAUUUCAAGAGUGCUGGUGAUUUCUUGUUCAGAAUGGUCUCUCCCAGUGAUAACAGCAGUGCUGCCCAGUGGAGCAGAAGCAGCGUGUCCACCCUCCAUGUGGAAUGGCCUGUGUUUCACAUUGAUUUGAACAGGAGUUCAGAGGUGUUUGGGAGCUCCCUUCAGGUUGGACUUUUUACAAAUGAGCAGUUGUGUGCCAUGAACGAGACUGUGAUUUCACUGGAUGUGAUAUUCACCAGCACCCUUUAUGAAUUCAGAAGAGUAAGCUCUGAUGAGACUCUGGGCAUUAGAACUAGCAAAGGAAUCCCACUCUCUAGGUCCCAGUGGGUAGAGUUUGACUGCCCACCUGUUGGUCAAGAAAUAUACCUCACUGUGUUACUCACAUCGUUAGAAACACAUUCCGUCAUUGCCUCCAUAGGACCUGUAGAUCUUCUCCACAAAUUUGGAUGCAGACUGGUUGUGGCAGCAGAAGCCACAUGCAAAACUUUGGUUCAGGUCUUCGUAAUCUCUCCACCGUGCGCUUCUGUCAGUGGAAAAAUUGUCGUCUAUAAAGAGGCUCUCAAGCAUCCAAGUCAAAGAACAACUUGGCUGUAUGAAAACACCCUUCACCCAGGAGACAACAGGACAGAAUUUAACUGCACUUUGUUUGAUGUGGGGAAGAACAAAUACUGCUUUGACCUCUUUAAUUUCUCAAAUCGAAGCUAUUUCCCAACAAGAGUUAAGGAGUGUAUAAUGAUCCAAAGGAAUACGGAAGCAUGGAGCCCGUGGCAGCCCUGGAGCCCUUGCAGUGUCACCUGUGGGGAUGGCAUCCGGGAGCGCUUCCGAGAGUGCCUCACCUCCUCACCAGCAAACCCAGGCUGCGCUGGAUCACCGAGGGAGGCUUCCCUGUGUUCGCUGGAGGAGUGUGCGUCUGUCAAGCCUCCCACCCCGCCUCCUGUCCAGCCAGGAGAGAACCGGAAAGCAGAUAAUAUAGUUACCAUCACAGGUAUUUCUGUAUGCUUGUUUAUCAUCUUUACCACCAUUCUCAUCACCCUCUGGAGGAAGCUCUGCAGAGCACAGAAAUGCAGUACCGCUGUCCGACGAAACUCUGUCCAUUCCCCUGGCUUCCGGAAAAACUCCGACGAGGAGAACAUUUGUCAAGGCAACAAGCAGCGGGACAGCUUUGCUGAAGGAGGGGAUGCCCUUGUUAACAUUCCUCUGACCUACAGGCGAAGCCUCCAAUUUGCCCAAGAAGAUGAUGCCUCUGGAAGUGAAAACUUGCAGCCAAAUGCCCAAAAAAUAAUCCCUCCAAUUUUCAGCUACCGCCUGGCACAACAGCAGCUGAAAGAGAUGAAGAAGAAAGGCCUGACGGAGACCACUAAGGUGUACCAUGUCUCUCAGAAUCCCCUCACGGACACAGUUCUUGGUGCCACCGCGAUGCUUCCCCUAAGCCAGGAAAGCCAAGAGGAGGUAGCAGCAAACAAAUUUCGGAUCAAAUCUCCAUUUCUGGACCAGCCAGCCAGUCAGCACAAAUUCCUGGGGGAAAGCUCUCACCCCAGGCUGGAUUUUCCAUUCUCACAGGCCAAUCCUGCAGUGAGCCCUACCCAAACCCUAGUAAGAAGAGCUCAUUUCAAGCACCAGGAUAACAGAGCAGACUUGCCCGAGAGGGGCUGUCACAGAAACUCACAGUUUAGAAGAACAGCCAGUUUCCAUGAAACUAAAAAGGCCAGGCCUUUCAGAGAGAGAAGCAUGUCCACUCUCACACCCCGACAGACUCCUCUCUACAACUCCAGGACCAGGACAUGGGACCAGAGCUUGGAGGACAGGACACGGCCAAAAUCCAGAAAUGCUAAUCCAGCGUGUGAAAAGCUGGAUCAGCCCCACAACACUGUGCUGGGGUGUGAACCACAGGGCCAUGGCACAAAGUCCCACCACAGGGCAGGUCCCCCAGUGAGGAAGCUGGACCUGAUCACUGACCGCCAGCCUGCUGGUCAGGAGAAGGCAGCUGAAAAACCUGAGCCCAGCCGAAGUAAGAGGGGCCCUUCACCUAACCCCAGAGGCAUGUGGCGGAAAGAAACAGGCUCAAAUGGCAAAGAUAAUUCCCAGAGAGGCCUGAGUGUAAGCCCUGCCCAGCACCGUAGGGACAAGUGCCAGAGCUUCCCCUUGGACCCCGAGUUUGCCUUUUAUGAUAAUAGUACUUUUGGCUUAACAGAGGCAGAGCAGCAGAUGAUUGACCUCCCUGGGUAUUUUGGUUCGAAUGAAGAAGAUGAAACAAGUACUCUAAGCAUUGAGAAGCUGGUGAUCUGAGUGACUCAUUGCGGCCCUGCAGGAGGGGCAUGCGUGGUAGAGAAUCUGCAGGAUCAGUUGGCUUCUGGUAGAAGAAGCAACAGGAAUCACGUUACCUUCACAUGGAGCAGGAGGGAAUAAUGCCCCAGAUCUGGCUUGUGGGAUACAUAUUCCUUUCUAAUUACUGAAAAGUGCUUUCAUAUAAUAUUUUUUUGUAUGCAUGUGUGUACAAUACACACAAAAUACGCUGGGAAAGCACAUGUUAGUGAAGACAUGACCCAGGAAUAGCCAAUAGAUUUUAUUGCCUAAAGCAGUCAUGUUUCAUGAAUCAAAGAUGAUGAGUGCCACUGAUCUAGCCUUUCACACCUUGUGGACUCUGUACUAGUAGACUGUGACAUACUGAGGCAUCCAUUGUACAGCAUCCUCAACCAUCUGCCCUGAUUAAUGAAUGAUUUCCCAUUUAGAAAGGACAAACUUCUAGUGGUGAGCAGUUUUUAUCAUUUUUCUGGUUAGUGUCAUUGAACUGUUGUAGUUGCUCAAAUAAGUCAUCUGGUGAGGGUUUUUUAGCGGGUUGCAUGGAAGUGCAAACAAUUGAUGCUGAAUACUUGGAGUGAAUUUAAAAUUGAGGAGGCAUUUUUCAUCAUUCAAGACUCUGAUAUUUUCUUUCUGUCAAUAUUUAUGCCAGGAAAACAAUGAUGUACAGAUAUUUGCAAGAAAUUUUUAGAAAAGGCAUGCUACAGGGAGGGCAAAGAAAACAGAUGAUCAGAUUUUAGUCCUUGCAGAAAUGUUACUGCAGAAUGUUACCUGUAAAAAGCACUGAGAACUGUUGAAUCAUGAAUCCUUUCCAUAAUUAUCCUUUCCUUUAUUAAUUUUUUUAAAUGUAAAUAUAUUGACAACAAUACUACUACAGCAAGAUCAAAAUAAAUUAAGAACAAAACCAGCAAAGAACAAGAUUAUUUGGUUAAUACCUGUUAUGUUAACAAAAAUUAAAAAUAAAAUGACAACAUCUGGUGAUUCACAGAGAAUCUUACAGACUUAUAGAAUCAUUUAGGUUGGAAAAGACCUCUAAAAUCAUCAAGUUCAACCAUUAAUGUAACACCACCAUGUUUACCACUAAACCAUAUCACCAAGUGCCACAUCCAUAUGCUUUUUGAACACUUCCAGAGACCGUGAUCCCGCCACUUUCCUGGGCAGCCUGUUCCAACGCCUGACCACCCUUUCAGUGAAGAAUUUUUUUCUCAUAUCCAAUCUAAACCUCCCCUGGCACAAUAUGAGGCCAUUUCCUCUGGUCCCGUGACUUGUUACUUGAGAGAAGAGGCGGACCCCACCUUGCUGCAAGCUCCUUUCAGGUAGUUGUAGAGAGCAGUAACAGUGAAGUACAACAGCCAUGGUGGGUUUAUCUGUUGUGCUUUAAAACUGGAAUCACAAAUUUGCCAUUAUACAUUGCUGCAAGUAUUCAGAGUUGGGUUGGAAACCUGGUUAACAACAGAGCCAGAGCUCAGGCCAGAAGGAAUGACUUAGAGACUUUGCUUGCCAUUUGUUGGGAUAGCUGUCUCUCCAGGGACUUGCAAAGAGCAAGGUGAUGCUAGUGGGCAAAAGCAAGAAAAGAGGAGGUGCUGCCCAUGGAGGUAGGUAUGAGAGAAGAUAGAUUUAGGCGGUGGACUAAAUCUUAAAUCUUAGGCCAUCAGUCUUAAAUCAACUCUCCCAUAAGGAGCCCAACCCUACGUGCCCUUUAACGUGCCUUGUGGGUGUGAAGGAAAAAUUAGCAUGUGCUCUGUUCUCUGGAAGGAGGUGCUAUCUUUCUCAAAAUGGGCUUUCUGAGCAGACAGAUAGGUUUCCCAAUCCCACACUUCCCCCCUCCCCCACCCCCCACAAAGCAACAGCAAUUUUAAAGGAAGAGCAGCAUCACCAAGUGUCAGCUGCCAGUUAUGGCACCCCACUGAAGUGUCCAAAGCAUGCACAGGUAGUUUGACAGGCACACAGUGUCACUUGCUGUGACAACCUAGGAGCAAAAAGACUCAGCAUUUGGCCACCAGAAUCAAACCUGGCUGUUUGAAUGGCCUUUUUGAUGGGUGAAGUUUUGAAGCUGCUGCUGGAGUAGCAGAUCCGACUUGCAGGGUGAUGUGAGCUCCCUCUUUCCCAGGAGCUGUACCAACAGGGCACAUUGGUGUUCAGCCUUUGGCCCAGCAUGGCAUUUGUACUGGCUAUGCGUUCCCACAAGCUGUCAGCUUGAAAUGCUGUUUAAAGCAUGUAAGAAUGUGUCCACGCUUGAAGAGUUAUCCAAAGGCAGUCAAAUGUAAUGAGUCUUUAAAUUGACUUAAAUGAGCUGGAAAUCAAACCUCUGAAGCAAUUGCUGCUCAGGUUACUCACCACCCCUGUAAUAAGGUAAACUUUGCAGUAUGAAGCACAUUCACCCUGAAGCAGAGAUCUGUCAGGCUUGGAGCUGCAGGGCUACAGUAUCUUUUAAGCUUUGUUGAGCCUCUCAGCAUGGGAAACCCUGGAGAAACAGGAGAUCAAAUGUACAGCACAGCAACAUUCAGCAAGCAUUCCCCUAACCUUUAGUGGGAGUGAUUUGAGCUUGGCAGUAGCCUUCAGAUCAAAUAAGUACUCAGCUAGUGGCAUUUUACCCUGUUUAUUGAGAUAAAGGGGGUUCUGAAAUGCUUCCUGGAGUUUGCUGUGGGAGCUUAAGGCUCCGGCACAAAGCCCUGUGACCUCUGCAUCUCCAAGGGGGUCCCCUGUGCCACAGGAGGGCAGAGAAGGGGGAGUGUUGCUCUAAAUCAGAUGCUGCUUCCUGAAAACUUCCCAGUGUUGGGCUGUCUUCAGAACAGCUCCUGUAAUGCAUUAAAUGUGCUUAGGUACAUUUUACAAAGACAACAAGGCAGACCCCUUCCCACCCAGCUUGUCAUACCUUGUCCCCUCUUUCUCUCUCAGAGACAGAAAAAAGCACCAUAACAUUGAUGCUGGCUGAAGGCAGUCCAACAAUAACGCCUGCCUUUCUGUACUGACAUAGAGGGAAACAGGCUCCAUAGUCUGGACUUUAUAUCACCCAUUGCUCAUUCACUGGGGAACUUGACCAGGUGGCAGUUGUCUGACUAAGCCCUGCUGACUUUAUUUCCAGCUUGAUACUUCAUUAUCAGAUGGGUUAUUGGCUGCUUAAUGAACUGUGAAAUUGCUAAUGCUGUCCCUUCAGUGCUGUAAUUUCUGCAGUCUGUAAUCUUUACCCUGUUUCCUUAGCCCUCUACUGAAAAAUGGGAUUUAGCAUCACUGGCCAGAAGGCAUUAACUGAUUUCACUCACAUUUCUCUGGGUCUUCAAUGUAGACAAAAGCCGUCCUUAGUGCCCUCAGCACUUCAUCAGUGGCCACACAAUUAUAAUCUGUGCAAAGUCAUUUCUUAUGUUCCCAACAUGCAGUUACAACCUUGCACUAAGAUUUUACCCUAGUAAAACAAGAAGUAUUGAUCAGAAGGGAAAUAGCAAGCUCUAGCUCUUUGCAGCUCUUUCUUCACAAGGGCAACCUCAUUUCAGACAGGUAGGUGCACAUUUCAUUCCAAAUGGGUAUGCUUGGGAAAAGGGUGAGGCUGCAGUCUUGUGAAGGGCACAGACUUUAGGAACAUGGCUCCCUAGAGUGCUCCCCACUGCACUCCAGUGUUCACAUUUGUAAUCACUGAGAUGUCUAGGAAGCAGUGAGAACAGGGUUUACCUCUUGACAAAGCAGAGUAACCAAACCAAAUUUUAUACUGAACCUUCACCAUGUGUCUCUGCAUUGUCUCCUGGACAGCUUUAGCCAUGGAAACUAAACUUACCUUGCAGACCCUCUAGGACAACAAGUAGAAAAGAAUUGGAGCCAAUACCAAAGGAAUGCUUUUCUCAUAUUAUGACCUUUACAAGAUUUUAAUCCAACUUUCUGCUCAAGUUCCUACUGUUAAAAACCAGAUAAAAAGUAUUAAGUCCUACUCAGCUGGUUUUAUUUCGUUCUCUAUGGAUGUACAUACAAAUGACAAUAUGUAUGGAUCUAAGAGCCAAUAAAUGAAAAAGAGCUACCAGUUAAAAAAAAUAUUGUAAAUCAUAAAAAAAUUAGGCUUAUUCUACAUCACAAUAGUUAAAUGACUUGCAUCAAGCUGAUACUGCUGUUCAUUUAUAACCGUUGCUGUUAACAACUUGUGGAAAAUAAACUUUCAGUGUUCCAUUUCUUUCA